CAACCACAAAGAAAAGAGAGUGAGAGAGAAUGUCUAUCAUUGGAGCGGAACGUGUUUACCAAGAAUUUGAGCCUGCAACUAGAUGGAUCUCUGAACCAGACGCCGAGACCCUUGUCGCUGAUCUUCCAGAAAGAACAACUUAAGGUGUCGGUCACGGCAACAAGGAAGGUAAGACUAAUUGGAGAACGCCCAACUGGCGGAAACAAAUGGAUUCGCUUCCACCAGGAGAUUCCAGUUCCUUUGACCGUUGACAUCGACUCGGUUUCAGCUAUGUUCAAGGAUAACAAACUCUACAUCCGACAUCCCAGAGUCAAGAAAGAAACCACUCAAACUAAGCCACCAUCACCGGUCAAACCACCGGUGAUCAUGAAACACGGCGAUCAACACGAGAAAAAGCAAGGCCAUGGUUCAAAAGCAACGGUCGAGAAGACGAGCGGUGGUAAAACCGAACAGCUGAAACAUGACGCAAAGCAAAAAGCAAAGGAAGUACAGAGUGGGGUAAAGGAAUUAGUUGGUCAGCCUAAAGAACCUUUGAGCUCCAAGGAUGAGGAGAAAGACAAAGUUGGAGCGAAAUGGUUCGAGAAGUACAAAGAGGCAACUGGAAAUGUGGUCAAGGAAGCUAAGAACAAAAGGCAGUUACUUUGCAAUUUGGCUGCUUCGAUUUUCUUGGUUCUGCUAAUCCUACUGUAUGCUCGAAAUGCAGUACGUUCAUCCCUUGUGUGGAACUCCGAGGAA